AUGCACAUUUGCCGUAUCAGAUACACAGUCCUAGGACUACUAAUCUACUAUCUACAGAGCGCUUUUAGCCGCACCUGUGGUUCGGAGUUUGAGGACGUGGCCUCAAGGACGGUCAUGGCAGACAUAGUUUUUGAAGGUCAAAUGCACCGGAGUAUAGCGAUAAAACACAAGCCCGGGUUUCAUAAUGUGAAGUUCAAGGUCUUAACCCUCAUAAAGGGCGAGUUUCAGAGUCUUCAAACCCUGACGUCAUCAAGUAGUGGUAGUAGUAGUAGUUAUAAUAAUAAUACCACCAUUACCGCUACUACAGCUGCUGCUGCUACUAUUUUUACUCAUAAUUUUUACUAUCACAAUAAUCCCAGCUAUGGUAAUGAAUAUUUUAAUGAAGAGGAUUUUGAUAGCAACAAUCGCCGCUCCCGUCACAAUCAUCCUCACAACUCAAAUAGUAUAAACUACUUCAACGAGAAUAAUAAUAAUAAUAAUCAUCCACAUCAUCACGGCAAGCGCUCAAAACUCAGCCACAGCAACCACAACUUACUACAACAAGCCAUCUCAACACGUGGCGUUAAAUCGCGAAACCAUGCCAACAACAACAACAGCAACAACAACAACAAUCCCCAUCACCAACAUAACAACCAAAAUCACAGAACGCACACGCACAAAAACCAAAGCAAAAGACAAAACAACAACAAAAAACUGAGACAACACCAUUCUAAACAACAACAACAAACAACGACACAGCAACAGACAACGACAACAACACAACAAUCGAAAUCUCGUCACCCGAUAAUGGUGCAAGUCGGCCAAUUCGGCCCGACGUCCAAUCCAAACGAAUGCGUUGCCUCGCUUCAGACCCUAUCAAAAGGAGAAACCUAUCUAGUAUUUCUGCGUCUCAAUCCCUCUAAAACGACAAAAUCAUUUCGUCCGACAACAAAACCGUCGAGAAACUACCGAAGCACAACGAACAGCAGAGACAGACACAUGUCUAGACACAACCACCACAAGAGUAGCAGUACUAGUCCGAAACCGCAGACUCCAGCCUCUGAUAUCGUCUACACUAUGUCUAGUUUUCCUAUAAAAAGUGAUCCUGAUUUGAAGAGAGAAGCUAUUGAGAAUAGCCGAUUUAACGGCUAUAAGCUAUUUCACACUACAUAUAAUAGUAUAAUCGUUAAAUUGACCGACUUCGACAAAAUUAUGCGACUCGAUAUUCACACGAAUACUAACAAUACAUACCGAAUACUGAAUAUACCGGCUCACCGAUUUUUUUCAAAAAAAGAUAAAACUUAUCUGAAAAUGUAA